UGGUAUACAGAGAUGCUGGGCUGGAGGCUGCAGUAACUGAAGGGCUCGUUGCAGUAUUUUGGUGGUAUUUGUGAAGAUGCGGACAGACGUUGAGAGAAAAAAAAAAGUAGCCACAAGGAAAAGCCUUUUCACCUGGCUGCCUUUGAAGAAGUACUCAGACUGCCAUGGCCUCUAAAGAUUCACAGAAUCAAAAGCCUGGAGGUCUGCCUGGUUUUCUUCCUGAAGUCACAAAUCCAGAUCAACACUCUCGAGCAGCUUCUUCCCAUCCCAGGAAACAAGCAAGGCAGCAGUCGGAUGCCCCUCAGCCAAGCAGUUUCCUGCCAACAACCAGUCUUCCCCCUGGGCUAGAAUAUUUAAGCCAGUUGGACCUGAUAAUCAUCCAUCAGCAGGUGGAACUUCUCGGGAUGAUACUCGGCACUGAGACUUCCAACAAAUAUGAGAUCAAAAACAGCUUGGGACAAAGAAUUUACUUUGCAGUGGAGGAAAGCAUCUGUUUUAACCGUAAUGUAUGUUCCACGCUGAGAGCCUGCACCCUGAGGAUCACAGACAACUCGGGUCGAGAGGUGAUUACAGUGAACAGGCCCCUAAGGUGUAACAGCUGCUGGUGCCCUUGCUACCUACAAGAGCUGGAAAUCCAAGCCCCUCCUGGCACUACAGUUGGUUACGUUGCACAGAAGUGGGACCCCUUUCAACCCAGAUUCACAAUCCAAAAUGCAAACAAAGAAGAUGUUUUGAAAAUUGUUGGUCCUUGUGCAACCUGUGGCUGUUUCGGUGAUGUGGACUUCGAGGUGAAAACUGUGGACGAAAAGCUUACGAUUGGGAAGAUUUCCAAGUACUGGUCUGGAUUUGUCAAUGAUGUGUUCACAAAUGCUGACAACUUUGGGGUACAUGUUCCUGCAGAUCUCGAUGUGACACUCAAAGCAGCAUUGAUUGGCGCUUGCUUUCUCUUUGAUUUUAUGUUCUUUGAACACUCACUUGCUGGAUUAUAACAAGCAUGAUGACGAAAACAAUAAAAUAUGCAGAGCACAUUUCAAUGUCCCUUGGGCUCUGAAUUUAAUUUCUGAAUGGCUUGAGUAUUUGAAUUUUUAUAACUAAAUGUUAAUUAUUAUAUUUAUUAAAACACAGUGUAAUGAGACCAUUACCUGGUUGUGAAUGCAUGAAAGCUAAAUACGCAAUUACUAAGCGUGAGUACAAGGUUACUUUGAGAGAUUAUCAUUCUCUUUUCAUCCUUUUGAAGUUACUGCAAUGGUAAGCAUGAAAGAUGAGAGCUAAGGCUUGCAGCAUCACUGAUGGGAAUUCAAUGUUUAGAGAACACUUUGAAGUGUUUCUGGUACUAAGGGUGGUUACUAAUCAAAAGGCUUGAAUUUCUAAAACAUCUUUUCAAAAGUAGUUCCUUUUGACUUUCUUAAUUUUAUUUUUUUAAUUUUCUCAUGUAGUCUUAACAAAUUACAUUAUAAGCAUUAUUUUAUAAUGCAUUUUUCACAUUUUUGGGAGAGAAUCUCAUGCAUCCCAGACUAUGUUAAUUUUCUUAUUGUAGUAAACGUAUUUUAUUUAUAUUGGGAAAGAUGGAGAUUGAUAAAUAAUAUGUGUAAAGAUCUGGAGAAAGAUAGAUAGCUUCUAUUUCUUAAAGUAGCAGAGGCACAGUUAUAUUCUGUAAGGCAAUUAACUAAAGCACUGAGCAGAAUUGUUCCAAAGAUUUAAAUAGCUGUACAGAUAGACUCUAAAUGAGCAAAAGCAGUCUUAUCAAUCAGGAUUUUAUCUAACUGCUAUGAAGUUUCUGCCAGUUAAAAGACCUGAGACUUCAAAAUGAAAAAUGGACAACUCUGGAAUUGAAAACAAACACACAAAACCAAAAGAGUCCGACCUGAAAUCCAUGCAGCAGUGCAGAGGGAAGAAGGCAUUGGCCACUGAUUCAGAAUUCACAUGAUACUGGGCAGCCCUUCUGAUUCCUAUCCCUUACUUGUCUAUAUGUUUCCAAAGUGCUCCAGCCAGCCUCCGCCUCCUGAACAUUACCAAACAGGGCCUCAGUUGGGAACCAAGCGUUGGCAUACAUGAGCCUGUGGGAGACAUUCUCAUCCAAACCGCCACCUGAGGUCAAGGCCAUCCUGGGCUGCAAAAUCAUGCCCCAUCUCAACCUCACAUACCCCAAAAUAAAAACAAAAGACAUUAAAAGAAACGUCUUAAUUGAACUGAAGCUGGUGUGCAGUAUCUGAUGCUCAGUGGUUUUAUGAAAGACAUCUCACAUUGUCUUGCAGAUGUACAUACUUUUGCAAAAAUCAGUCUUUGUUUGAUUCAGUAAGUUUAAUGCUAGUUUUAAUUGUUACCCAUUGGGAUGAUAUGUAACAGGAAUUGAUAAACGGUCUUAUUAAUAAAAAAAAAACUCAGAGCCAGCUAUUGGGAAUAAAGCUGAAAUAUCAGAGAAACAGAACAAGCCAGCCACGUUCUUACCUCUAUGAAAUCCUAAGC